UUUCAUCAAUUAGGGUGUCGCGUUUGGUUUGAGAGCAUGAAACUGAUUUUUUGUGCCAUCAUCCUGUGCGCGGUGCUAUCAAAACGGGUGGAUGGAACUAUUCCUAGUCAGACAUCACCAUCCGGAGCAACAGAGUCAGUAUCUUCGUAUGGUGCGACAACUGCUUCUUCAUUAGAAGCUUCCAGUUCUGAAGGAUCGACAAACAAAAAAGUUGAACAUUUUGAAACUACAAGUGUAGAGGUAGACACACACAGAACAAGAGAACCAGCUCAGGAUAUCAAUGUCAUUAAAACACACUCAGGGGCAAAAACCUCACAUUCAGAUAGCGGACCAGAAGCAACCGAAAGUAAUUCAACAUUCGACAAAGGCAGAACCACAGAAUCCACUCAAACUAACAAUGCCGUUAGAACACACUCGGAGACGAAAAGCUCAUACUCAGAUAGUGAAGCACCAGCAUCACCUGAACCAACGAAAAGUAGCUUAUCUGCUUUACAUUCAUCAUCAACAACUACUGAAACAACUUCUUCAUCAAAAGUGGAUGAAGCUGAAAAAGUAACAACAGAAUCGACAAAUUCUAUUAGUCAAAACAACAAUGCUAUCAAAACAUAUUUAGAUACAACGAGCUCAUCUUCAGAUAGCGGAGUAAAAAUAUCCGCUGAAUCAACAGAAAGAAGCUUAUCUUCAAUACCAUUAUCAUCAACAGUAGGGUCAGUUAUUUCGAAUGGAGAACGAGCAUCUACCAAUUCACCAGAAACUAGUUCAAGUAUUACAGAGAGAUCAACGAGUGAUGCUAGUUCUCCAAUAAUUCCAAUAUUAGCAAACAGGUUUGGGCAAACAUUGAGCGAUCAAUUGGAAGGAACUUCGUCUAUUGAGAACCCAACAUUUUUUUUUCCAACUGACACUCCUCAGAAAGGAGAUAGUUUGAUCCCAGUUAAUACAGCCAGUUCUUCGGAAACAACUCAUGUGAACGAGCCAGAUGUCACAACGAACUAUCAAAGUUUUUCAGAUACAACACAAAUGAGCAGAAAUUCUUCUGAAUCCAUUACUAUUCGUACCGUUGUUGAAACAGACACAACUCUAACGGUUUCUUGGGAAUCCCCUCGUCCUGGAUUGAAUUACCAAGUCAAUAUAACUUCAUUAGGACCCAACCAUGUCACUCCAAGCGAUUGUAGCGAAAAACCUUUUUCUCAGCUUGAAAGUACCACUGAACUGUCAUAUACUUUCCGUAGUCUUUCGCCAGAUUUCAACUAUAAUGUUGAUGUAGCGACUACAAUCGACAAUGAAACAGUCAGGUCGAAUGUAUCUGUGACUACCGAUACUGCAGAUUCUUCUGAAUCCAUUACUAUUCGUACCGUUGUUAAAACUGACACAACUCUAACAGUUUCUUGGGAAGCACCUCAUCUUGGAUUGAAUUACCAAGUUAAAAUAACUUCAUUAGGACCCAGUCAUGUCACUCCAAGCGAUUGUAGCGAAGAACCUUUUUCUCAGCUUGAAAGUACCACUGAACUGUCAUAUACAUUCCGCAGUCUUUCGCCAGAUUUCAACUAUAAUGUUGAUGUAGCGACUACAAUCGACAAUGAAACAGUCAUGGCGAAUGUAUCUGUGACUACCGAUACUGCAGCUCCUGGAAAACCACGAAAUGUAACACUAGUAGAAACUAUAAGUGAUUUGGACACAACGAAAAUUCUAAGGUGGGAGAUGCCUUGCCACCCUAACGGAGAAAUUGCCAAUUACACUAUUGAGUACAAAGGAGUUUACAUGUUGAAUAAGCAGAAAAUUGAUAGCAGAACGAAAACCACAACAUCUCGUGAAUUUUCAAUAACAAAUUUGUUGCCGCUGUCACAUUACGCUUUGAAUGUAACUGCUGUAGGAACAAAUGGGAAGAAAGGAGCACCUUUUAACAUAACAUUCGUCACGAGGGAUACAAUACCGGAGGCCCCAGUUGUGAGCAUAGACCAGCAAAGUUCAUCCGGUUUCUUGAUACAUUGGAAAUUGAACCCCAACCAAUUGGGAAACAUUACAAAAUUCCGCGUGAACAUAACCUCGCAGGGACCAGAAUUCUCUCAGAACCCGAAUUGCACCCGAAAUCCCACGGGACUAAUCGUCAACGAAUUGGAAAGAGACAGUAUGAGUUAUCUUUACCAAGAAGGACUUCCAUAUCACAAUUAUACGGUGUCGGUGGCUGCCAUUUCUUCCAGAAGCGUGGGACAUGCAAGAGUCAUGUCGGUACUAACGAAUAGUUCGGUUCCUGAACCCUCAGAGGAUCUUUUUUUCGACAUCGACAACACCACAAUGUUUGCAAAACUAUCUUGGAAACUACCAUGUAACAUCAACGGACCCAUGAGCCAUACAAAAGUUCAGAUUUCCGGUGCAUAUACAGAAGACUCCAAUGAUGUCAGUCACUAUGAAAAAAAUUUCGAUUUCACCAACGAAAAGUGGUAUUACGAGUAUCCGAACAUAACCCUGAGGGACUCCUUCUCUUAUAAUGCGACGAUUACUAUCGUUCUUCAAGAUGGAACCGAAGGUACAACAGCUACCACCACAGAGAGAACAUCAGCUGGCAUUCCAGGAAAACCCACAAACAUCAGGCAAAAUUCCGUUUCAAGUUCCUCAUUUGCGAUGGCAUGGGACCCCCCGAAGGAGCAUAAAGGAAAGAUAAUCGGAUAUGAGGCCAAAGUUAACGCCAGCAGACCUCUAUAUUACAUCCCACCUAAUUGCCCACAAAGCAUUACCGAUUUCAAUCGAACACUCGAUGGAUCCACAACGAAUAUCGAUUUCGAUGAAGCAGAAGCUUUUUAUAGUUACAGUAUUUACGUGAAAGCAAGAACAGAGAGAGGAUUUGGAAAUUCAGCCAUGUAUUCCAUCAAAACUAAUCAAUCACUUCCACAGAUCGUUGAAGAUCUUCACCAUGAUAUAACCUUAGACAAAUCGGAGAAGUACAAUGGCUCUGUCAACAUAUCUUUCCGAAGACCUUGCUUUACAAACGGACCCCUCAGAAAAUUCGUAUUACAUUAUGUGGGAACCAGAGACUCGACCAAAAUCGAAAAUUCACAAGUACAGGAAAUACAAGACACUGAAACUGCAGACCUUUACGCAUUCGAGUUUGCGCUGGAACCAGAGACCGAAUACACAUACAGUGUGUCUGUCGACAAUGAUUUCUACUCGAUGCCUACAAAUGGACAUUUCAAAUCACCUUCCGGAGUUCCGAUAUUCUCCCUUCCAUCUGACUACCUGCCAGUUCUGAACGUCGGAACAGAAAACGCCGAGAUAGUGCUGCAAAGGAACCUCUUGAACCACACCAAUGGUAACGUCAAAUAUGUGUCUCUGAUAGUCGGCACCAAGAACUCCAGCGGCGGAGAGAUUCAGGUUUGGGACGGUGAACAUUGGCCCACGCUUAAUGGCACCGAAUUUUUACAGAUCACCCCUAAUCGAUGGAAUCCUUUCAACGAAGCUACCAUGGACACUGUCACUUUCCUGAUCGGGAACGAGACAAGUUGCAUUUCUGCUGAUUAUUGCAACAAACCUUUAGAACCUAAUAAGGAAUACUACUUGAUCGUCAGAAUAUUCACCAACAAUUUCUACAGGAAUAGUCAAGUUUUCAGAUUCCAAACAGAAGAAGUCAAUAAAAUUGGAUUUAUUGUUGGAAUUCUAUCUGGAAUAUUGGGAGUCGCUAUUAUAGGCAUAGCUGCAUUCUUCUUAUGGAGAAAAGGUUUCAUUCACAAUAAAAUUGAGAGGUUCUUGGGAAGAACAUCAGCAGCAAAAUCGUCAGAAACAAAAUCGGCGUCAAUAUCAUGUGGAAAAUUCAUCCAGUAUUGCAUACAUUUGGAGAAUAACCCGGAAAAAUUGAAAGAGCAAUACAAUUUGAUAACGGAGAAUGGCAAAGAAAUAGUAGCAGAAAAAAGUAAAGAAUUUGCAAAUUUACCGGAGAAUAAAAGGAAAAAUAGAUAUAUCAACAUCUUACCAUUUGAUGACACAAGAGUUAAACUCCUCAUAGAUGAAGACGAUGAAAUAGGAUCUGAUUACAUCAAUGCAUCAUACAUCAAAGGGUAUUCUGGGCAAGUGGAGUACAUAGCCACCCAAGGACCUUUGGAAACCACCUGUAGGGAUUUUUGGAAAAUGGUUAUCCAAGAGAACGUCAGUAUUAUCGUGAUGGUAGCACAAUUCACAGAAAAUGAUAAAAUAAAGUGCCAUAAGUAUUUUCCAAAGAAUCAUGAAAAUCUGACAAUAGCGGACGAUAUGGAAGUUAGGUGUGCUACUGAACUACACUUUGGUACAUAUUGCGUGAGAAAUCUUCAGAUAAGGAGGGAUACCAGUCAAGUCACAGUCACCCACAUGCAAUUUUUGGAAUGGCCCGAUUUUGGAGUACCAAACGGUACUGAAAAUAUGCUGCAGUUCUGCUAUCAGCUGAGAGAAAGAUUUAAAAUUGAAGGUGGAAUGAUGUUAGUGCACUGCAGCGCUGGGGUUGGUAGGACUGGUACUCUUAUAGCCACCGACAUUCUUCUACAGACAGUCAAUGCUAGAAGAGAAAUAGAUAUUUUCAAAACCGUUAUGGAACUGAGAAAACAGAGGAUUUACAUGGUUCAAACUGAGAAACAAUAUAUUUAUCUCCAUACCCUGUUGAAAGAUCAUUUGGACAGACCUCCAUCUCCUGACCUACUUGAGAAUGGAGAUCCUGUAUAUGAAAACAUGGAUAUAAUAAAUCAAUCAGAAAAUGAAGAAUGCAAAUGGAAUGAACAAGAGAGUGAAUUCUGA